AUGUUACCCUUUAGACCGUUAAGUCAAUUCAUUUUUCAGUUUUUAAUCAUAACAUCCACAGCCUUGGGAAAGGCAUUUAUACAAGCAUACAAAGAAAUUAUAAAAAACAAGAAUACGAAUUUUAUAAAAGAAAAGUAUAAUACUUGCAUGAACGUUGAAGAGGCGUUAAAUAUCCUCAAUGUUGAUAAAAAUAAAAUAUAUAAAAAAUUAACGAAAGAUGAAUUAACAGCCUUAAGGGAAGAAAUAAAUAAUAGACAUAUGAUUCUGAACAAAUUAAAUCAAAAAAGUGGACCAUAUAAUGGUUCUAUUUAUAUUCAGAAAAAGGCAGAAAUUGCCAAGGAUGUUUUGUUGCAAAACCUAAAGUUGCAGUGA